AUGACCGGAUUUGAUGAUCUUCCGAAUGAGAUUGUCCUGGAGCUGUGGCACCACGUCCUCCCUCCACAUGACAUCGCAAGCUUUGCUCUGGUCUCAAAACGAAUCUUCGCUUUCGCUAAACCGUUUUUGAAAGAGCACCAUCGCUUGAAAUCGGAAUAUUCUAUCAUUGAAAAUGACCGAAGCUGCGAUGGUAGCAUGUUGGCGCAUCUACUGAAAGACGUUCUACUCAAUCCUCACAUUGCUUUCUACAUCGAGAAAGUCUGUAUUUGUGACUGGCGCACAUGCUGGGAAGAUCCAAAUCGUGGUGUUCCCUGUCGUCUGGAUCUGGAGGUAGAUGACGUGCAGAAUUACGUCUGGCAUGUACCGUAUCCUGAGCGGGACAUGGAAUUAUUCAGGAAUGGCAUUCGAAAAGCGAAACAUGUGCUCCCUAGUGAGAUCGACGUUUGGAUCAAACUCCUUGAGAGUGGGCACGAGGAUCCAACCCUGGCCCUCUUGCUAAGUCUUCUCCCAAACCUCUGCACGCUUUCGCUCGAAGACCCCCCCAAACGAACUCUCUUAUUCACUAGCAUUCGCCGGAUGGCCCAGAAUGCCCCUUCAACAUCAUUUCUCAAACUGAGGAGCUUCCACCUGGCCGACAGCGUUUCUGAGAAGAACGAGGGCAUAUCUCUCGUAAAGCUAUUUGCACUGCAACCUUCCAUGGAGAAGAUAUCAUGUUUCGAUGUCGACAAUGUUCGUCAAAGACGUGGUAUUCCCGACUGCCUCAUAGCUCCUCAAAGUUCUAAUGUGACCGAGUUGGUUUUUGACUCAUGUGGCGCGAUUGGGAAGCACAUUCCUGUACUUCUCGAAGGAAUCAAAAGGCUGAAGAGGUUUACAUACGUCGCGCUCGGUAAGACAGUCGAUGCCUUCAGGAUAAGAUCCGCCCUUCUCAAUCAUUGCCGACACUCUCUAGAGUAUUUGAAGAUGAGCUACCAUGACGGAGAAGGAAAUUACAUGGGCAAUCUGCGCUUGUUUGAGAACUUGAAAGUGCUCCAUAUUACACACAGCCUCUUAGUGGAUCCAGAUGCCGGUGACGACUUGAACAUGGCAGACUUGUUACCUAUCUCCAUUGAGACUAUUGAUACGACUGGCCAAUCCCGUCGGAUAGUCAGCCACAUUCGCCCAUUCAUCAGAAGUCUAGUGAAUGCCAAACGCACACGACUGUCGAAUCUGAAAACACUUAAGUAUCGGUUCUACGAUCUCUUCGACUCGGGCAAUCGCAUGCAUCUCAUCUUCACCGAUAUGUGUCGGUUAUGUCAGGCGAAUGGUGUUCAAUUACAAUUUGAGUGA